UGGCCCGCUGAUCAGGUCGCACGGCUACACAUUGCACACACUCUUAUUCCGAUCAGAUAACCUCAAAUACCAUAUACCUGAUCAGUCCGGAACUAAAAUUUCAUUUACCGGACUUCUGAAAAAAGUGUACCAUUGCCGGAGUCGGCGCAACAAAACAUAAAUUUGCAACUGUUCUUCGUGUGAAAAUCACAAUAUUUUGACCGUUCCAUAUCGAUACUCACGGAACUGAACCUGAAUAUUGCAAAUUAAACUUACAAGGUGCAGAACUAAAGGAAGUGUUUAAUUAGCAAGCAUAAUCCCAUUACCAUCGAAUCCACUAACCACCAAACGUCUAGUUUAAAAUGUGUAAGCAGCAACUUUUGAAAGUUUACCAUUACUUGAUCAUUAAAUCUGUGUAACCGUGAAUGACUGUUCUGUAAAAAGUGUCUAAUAACGUAGUCAACGACCAUGAAACAUCUCAUUAAACGACUUAUAGACUCCAGGAACCCACGUGGAUCUUCAAAAACACCGGAGCUGAUGCUGUAACUGCACAGAUGUUAAUGCAUCAGCGAACGUGGGCCAGGCAUGACCCACAUGUAGGAUGUAAAUGAGGCCUACGACUCCUGUUAACCCAAACUCUUUAUUUACAAUCUAAUUUCAGCGGCGAUGCACGAAAGCUGCUAAAAAUAACCGGGGUUCGCGCGCUCGCGUCUCGGCUGCGGCCGGUCCGCGUUUUCACUCACUACACUAUUUCUGUCUAUACGAAACCAAUAUUUCUCAUGCAAAGAAUUGUGAUUAAUUGGUGUGUAGACAAUGAAAAAAGUGCGUAAAAAGAAGCUGAUCGUGACUGAGCGAGUGUACCUGCCUGUGUUGGUGUAAUCAGUGUUUUGAAUUAGUUAUCGUGCUUCCUGAGAUACAGCUUUAUAAUCAGGAUGGCGCUGGUAAUGCUCCCCUGCGAUCUGCCGUGGUGGACUACGGUGCAGCGGCACCUAAAACAUCUGCUGCUCGCUUCCUCACCGGUCAAACUCACUGCCAGCAUGUUAAAGAUACAUGAUAUGUGCAACAUAGGAAUAGACCCAGAUGACGAUAUUAAAGACCCGGAGCUGAUGAAGGGAUUAGAGAACUUUCUCGAGGAAGAAAUGACAGAGGAGGAGCGGCGGUAUUUCCUCGACAACACCAUCAGAAUCAUGGUGAAUCGGGCGCUGCAUCUCAAAAGAUGGCGCCCACCCAAAGGCCUUAUGUUUAGUUUACAGCAACAAAGUGACGUAACAGAGUUGGAUUACAAUUUUUUGUCGUCUCUCGUUGCUCAUUCUUUCUUUUCCACCUUUCCCAAGAGGACGCUCAAAACUCACCCCACGCUACAAGACUUCAACUUUACACAUUUUUUUAAAAAUUUACAUAGAAAAUCACAAAGGAAUAAAUUAAAAAGCUUGCUGCAUUAUUUCGAGUGGUUAGAUAAGAACAAUAAUGAAGGAUCCAUCAAAAUUAGUCGACAGGUAAUGACCUCAAAGCAAUGGUUAACAAUUGAGGACUGGUUAGAAUGCACUCUACCGCUGUGUAAAUUACUGGUGCGCCAUGAAGGUAGACCAGAACGCUGCGAGAACGACGAUGCGAUCAGGGUGUGCUUUGCCAGCAGCAGGAUAGGCGGCGACGCUCUUAUUGAUGGUGAAUCACAGGAAUCUCUAUCCAUGUUCAUGAUGCCAGAACUCCUGCCUGCCAUGCUGUCUGUAGAAGCUCUAGAAGACAAUGAAGUGCUAAAAGUAGAAGGCGUCAGAACCUUCAGCCGAAUAUGUGACAAAAAACAGAAGACCAAAAUAGAAUUAUUAAAUGAACCAAAAACGGUAACAGUAUGCAUGAUGGAUGCAGAAGACUACAGCGCUCUUCCUCUUGGACAGUUCGAGGAAGACAAUGUCCUUCGAGAGUUGAACAAAUGCCUUCUAGCUUUCCAACAAACGCCGAUGAAAAGUAGAGACAACCCGAGACACGAAAGAAGGUUAUCACCUAUCGGAGAAUCCUUCAGUCACACGCCUCCAGAAGUAGAAGCAACAGUGAUAUUAAAACAAGCAUCGUCCUGUAGUACUAUCAACAGUUACAACAGCAGAAGUCCGUCGCCACAAAACUACUGCGCUGCUACCCUCAACAUAAACGAUCCUAGUGUAGAGUUAUCAAAGCGAAAGUGCUGGCUUUCGCCUGACGGAGCUACCCUAAAUAAUCGGCGAGGAAGGUUCAUAGUCCUAGGUUCAUCCGGAGAAUGUCUUCCAGUGACUAGAAGUCCAGUACAUACAAAUCAAGAUACGCAAGAAGAUAGCUUAUACUCGAGCUGCAAUUCCAGCGACGAUGAAUUCCACAGUGCCAAUGAUAGCUUUGAUUAUGGCAGCGAAGACGAAGGCCGAGGCGAAAGCGCACGCCCCAAUUCAUUCCAUUACUCCAAAGAGUUAUCAACCGAAGAGCGGCGAAUCAGCUUCGCAGACCGACUGCGUGAAGCUCUGCGAAGAGAGGCCGAAAACUCAUGCACCACUAGCACUACCACCGGCGACUGGUCCACGGAUAGUUCUAGCUAUGCGGUCGGAGUCAGUAUAUCUGGUGCUGGUAUUAACGAUAAUGAUAUUAGGGUGAAGCGAGGUGGUUCAGUGGGUUUCGUGCUUACGGAAAAGGAGACUGUAUGCAACGGCAAUCCGUCGCCGAGACACCGUCCACUGGGCCGGAAAGAAACAGGGAAUAGUUCUAAGUAUAGCUUCAGUACAGAAUACACGUCAGAACUAGAAGAAGUAUACGAGCAAUUCAACCAGUGGCUGAACGACCCCAUCGUAGACGCUGAAUCAGGGGAGCACAAAUCACGAGAGCUGGAUCCUCGCGACAUGGCUGUGAUAAGAUUUGCGGGAUCCCUGCUAAAACGUACCCUAAGCGAAUCUAUGGCGAUGGGUACUAAUGUAGGCGCGGCGAGCGCGGCUGAAGCAGCGGAGUUAUAUGGUCGAGAUACCAGUAACCGCACUGGAUCAAGGCGACUAGCACUUGCCGCCCGCUCCUUGUCGCUUGAGCUAGCAAGACAAAGGCAUCGACUUGCUGCACAGUUGAAACGUAAAGUAAAAGAGUCUAUACCGGAGGAGAUAUUAGAGAGUACGCGAUCAAGAAGCGUGGAAAACAAAAUGGCAGAUAGCGAGGGUUCGCGGUCUCUCGAUACCUCUACAGAGUCCACUUCUACGCAGAUAUUCAACCCCAACGUUAGAAAGAAAAAACUCAAUUGGGUUAUAAACUUGAUAGUAGAAACCAUAGAAGAGUCAAUCGAAUGCGAACCCGUCACUCUAAAAAUAAAAACCCCUAAGCUGAACCAGCUAGCCCUCAAGAUAACAUCAGGUGGGUCUUGCCGGCCAGUCGCGACGGGUAACUGGGGGUGCGGACAUAAGCAGCGUGGACACCCGCAGCUGAAGUUAAUACUGCAAUGGUUGGCUGCCAGCGUCGCUGGUGUACCUGCACUCAUUUACUAUACUUUUGGCAAUGAGAAGUUGUUUAAGUUGGACACCCUCGUACGUGUAAUAGUAGAUCGAAAAUGGUCAGUAGGACAGCUGACGAAAGCAGUGCUCAAAUUCGCGCGACAAACCCUGCACGAGCCGCAUGUCAUACCAGACAACCACUCGCUGUUUGACGAACUCAUCGGCAUUGAGAAGAUCCCAGACGACAUAUAGCGUUACUAUGCGAAUGCACAUCUACAAGUGCGAAGAAAAACAUUAGACCAUGGUUUGCGAAAUCGUUUAUAACCUUACGUAACCUCUUAAGCGUGGUUACAAACCAAAUAAUUCUUUAUUCAAUUUUGUUUGUAAUGCGAAUAAAAUACACGUAGUUGGUCGAUAAUAAGAGUAAAAUGGAACUGGGAACAGUGAAAAAGUUCUUACAUAUAAGUGACUAGGCCCGUUUGUAGCGAGUUUUCAAUUCUGUUUAUAACAAAAAAGUUAUUCGGGGUUAUAAGUCGCUCCGCAAGUCGUGCUGUACAUCCACUACUAUGAACUAAUAUAAGUAGUCUUUGUUAUGCAAGUAAAAGUGACGUUUCACUUCAGUAAAGUCAGUGAUGGCGUGUGUCCAACAUGAUUAUCUAAUAAAUAUAAAAUAUUGAAAUCGUUGCCCAAGUUUUUAUUAUUUUAAAUCAUAAGAUUUUAUCAUGUUUUUAAUCAUAUACUUAUCAAAAUGUAUAUCUAAAUAUUUUCCUACGAAAGGUCUUGAGAAUUCAUAUCUCCACUUGCGCUUCUUACUUCUGAUUAUCGCGUAUUUUAUUUCUUUUAUAAUUGUCUAGGAUACUUUUUUGUAAACUAUUUUUCAUACUCAUUGAUGCUAUGAUAUAGAUAAAUAUAUAUAAUUAACUCAAUAUCCUAGUAAUGUGAUUAGACAGCCGUGUCUUAUUUACAAAUUUUGUGCAAUUUUUAGAUAGUGUUUACUAUUCAAUAAGAAAGCAAUACUAGCAUUGAGUCGCAUUAUUAUAUACUUCUAAGUAUUGCAUAUUCCUAAUUUUCAAAUUCGUAAACUUCAUAAUUGCGCGUUAAAUAAAUAAUAUAAAGUUCUCAGUUGUUUUUACGUUAUUUUUUAUUGAAACUAGGGUAAUCAAUCGAUGCUAAUGUUAAGACUGUACUAUUAAGUAUUCGUUUCGUUUUAUCUUAAUCAGCUUUCAGAUGUUUUACGUACUACCUAUAUAUUUGGUAUCUCAGAAGUAGCAGACAGAAAUGAUAAUAUACUUACAAUGUAAAUAGUUGGUCACUGGAUUUAAAAAAGUUUUACGUUAAAUUUCCAAUUUUUUGUAUGUAAAACGGAGGGAUCCUCAAAUAUUUUCAUCUAUGUUAGAAAACGCAUUGAACGGAACAAUACUAAUCUAGCUAACGAACAUUUAGCAAAUAGCAAUAAAAUAAGGCCAAAAAUAACGCAAAAGAAAAUACCAAUGCUUUGCUCGCUAAUGUAACUUCGUUUUUAAGGUAACCGUAUUUAUCAUAAUUAUAGAGCAGUCUUCAUGUUCACUUAUCAAUCUAUCG